AAAGAUAGAGAAAAAUAAAUAAAGAAGUGAUUUAACAUUCUCCGACAAGAUGAAGUUUACGUUGAUCUUUGUGGCUUUAAUAAUUGCGGUUCAAGCGGACCAUAAGGGCAGGGACAUAGAGGAGGAUCUAAUUUGGUAUUGUAAUACGAUCUGCGGUGGUUGCGGUGGCAAAUCCCAAUUCAACUUCACAAUACCGGCUUGUAUUUGCAUUAUAGACGAACACGUCGAUGAUGGAGAUGUGGAAAUGAUUAAGAAAACUGCUGCGACGGUGGGGAUGUCCAUAAGGUUAAUCGACGCAACCAAGAAAACGAAACGUGAAGCGAAUUCCGAAGAGGAGGAAGAGGAUGAUGAUGAUGAGGUGGAGAUCAAGCAGUCUCCGGCGUCUGCUUUUCUCUCAAAAUUCGCGAGAAAACCAUUAAAGCUGAGGCUGCGGUCGAGAUUAAUGAAGCCCUUAACGGAGGAUGGGUCUUCGGAAUCCGAUCCUCUGGUGGGACAGAUUAAUCCGAACAUCUUCGACUCGGAACCGCACCAUAACUUCCUCGGGCAGAUCAACCCGUUGAUCCACAAUUUCGAGCCGCAUUCUAACGGUUUCCUUGGACAGAUCAAUCCCAUCAUCCAUAACUUCGAGCCUUACAACAACGGACUCUUAGGUCAGAAGCAUGAUCCCCUCACUCCGGCCCUGACCAAAGCAUUGCUCACUAAUAUUAAGAGGAGGCUUGAUAGCCUCAUCGACAAAACCGAUGUAUACCCUUACGACCAUCGCAGAACAGCGUACGAGGCGGAGUCGAUGCGGAAUUCUCUCAAGCAGAUUACCCAAGUCAACGUUAAUGUUAGGCCUGAUGCCACGACACCGGCCAUUUGGGAUGCCUUAAAUAAUAUUAUACCGGCGUUUAGGGGUCUGGUCGGGCAAUCUGCGCCAAAGCCAGUAAACAAACAUGAUGCGAGUGCAUCGAAGGCCGCCAGCAGCGAGGAAUCCGAGGAGGAAGAGGUCACUGCACGUCCAAGCUUCAAGAAAAUCAUAACUCAACCUAAAGAAUUCAUGGAUGAUGAGGAUGAGGACGUCGUUGAGGAAUGAAUACUUUUCUAUUUUUUACACUUUUUUAUGUUUAUUUACAAGGACUUAAUAAAUCAUUUCUUUAUA